GAACGAGCAGGGACCAAUCGGCGGCGGCGCUGCCGGAGAGUGCUGGCUCCUUUACACCCAGAUAGGGGGGAGAAAAAGACUGAAUAAAAGGAAACCGUGCUAGUGAGCCUGUUAUGACCACAAAACCUCACGGAGGAGCCUAGAGCCGCCACCAUUGGAUAUUUCCUCCGUGUUUCCUCAUUACUCCCAUGCGUUCCUCUCUGUGGAUUAUUGGGUUUGGCGCUGGGGCGGACGGAGUGGAUCAGGCCAUGGCCCUAACAUAUUGAAUAGCUCGGUGGUGUUGGUGGAGGAGGAGGAGGAGGAGGAGGGGGCUGGAGGCGAGACGCGCACCGUGGAGACAAUUUAUGGGCAUUGUGCGGGGAGAAAAUGGUGGAUUAUUUUCACUGUAUCAUAAAAAGCUCCCCCCGUCUGGAUACCCUGCCAUAAGACGCCUGUCUUGGCCGUGUCUACUGUAACUCAGGUCGUGUUCUAGCGGUUGGUAGGUAGGUAACCCCAGCUCGAUCCGAACGACCUUAUCUAUUUCUAUUUUUUUGUACAUGAAGGAUUGUUGUAGCGGGUCGACGCCUUCGCCCUCCCCUCCCUGAGAGUAACAUUUGGAAACAAUAAACUGUUGGAUUACCGAGCUAUGGAUUUCAACGGCGGCGGCGGGGGGGCCAACGAGCUGCACAACAACCAGUUUUAUCAGUGCGAGGAGAACAAGCCUCUGCUGGGGGAGAUGUCGGAGGGGAAUAAUAACACCAAGCUGAGCGCAGGGCCGUGCAAGAGAAGCCUGCACCACUGCAGCAGCAGCGGGAUGCGAUACAAGCUGCUGCACGAGGGGGACAUCCAGGUAUGCGUGGUCAAACACCCCCGCACCUUCCUCAGCAAGAUCCUCACCUCCAAGUUCCUGCGGAGAUGGGAACCUCACCACCUCGCGCUCACAGACAGCAGCCUGACCUCGGCCACCCCCACUGGUUAUAUGGAGACGUCACUGUCCUACAGCUCUAUAGAGGACCUGCAGCUCCUCUCAUGGGACAACGCUCCAAAGUACUGUGUCCAGCUCAGCUUCCCUGGUGGAACCGUCCUGCUGCAGGCUGCAAACAGCUACUUAAGGGACCAGUGGUUUCACUCCCUGCAGUGGAAGAAAAAGAUCUACAAGUACCGCAAGGUCCUGAACAACCCGAGUCGCUGGGACGUGGUGCUGAAGGAGAUCAGAGCGCUGGUGGACAUGGCUCUGACCUCACCACUGCAGGACGAGUCCAUCCACCAGGCUCCUCUGCACAUCAUCUCCACCCUGCUGGCUGAGAAUUCUAACCUCAGCCCUCAGGAUCAUGAGAACAUCAUCGUUGCCAUUGCUCCUCUUCUGGAAAACAACCACCCUCCACCUGACCUGUGCGAGUUCUUCUGUAAGCACUGUCGGGAGCGCCCGCGGUCGAUGGUCGUGAUUGAAGUGUUCACGCCCGUGGUCCAGAGAAUCCUCAAACAUAACAUGGAUUUUGGAAAGUGCCCUCGACUGCGUCUCUUCACUCAGGAGUACAUCCUGGCUCUCAACGAGCUGAAUGCUGGGAUGGAAGUUGUCAAGAAGUUCGUCCACAGCAUGCACGGGCCAACAGGGCAGUGCCCUCACCCACGGGUCCUGCCAAACCUUGUGGCAGUUUGUCUCGCCGCGAUUUAUUCCUGUUAUGAGGAGUUCAUCAACAGUCGGGACAACUCCCCCAGCCUGAAGGAGAUCAGAAAUGGCUGCCAGCAGCAGAAUGAUCGCAAACCCCCGAUGCCGCUCCGUCUGCUGCGCCCCGAGCCUCCAACGCCGCCUCCCGCCACCCUCCUACCCCUCUCCACCAAUCCCAGUCCUCCUCAGCCACCUUUGCCCGCCCCCCCUUCAAACCCCGCCCCGUCCAUUCCCAUCUCCUCCCCGACGCCCUCCCUGCCCCUCUCCCCUCCUCCCUCCGUCGUCAACUCCAGCGAGAUCCUGGUGGAGCUGGAGCGGAACAACAACUCGGCCAACACCAGGCGGAAGGGCGAGCAGUCGGGGGGCGACAGCGAACCCAACCUCAUCGACUGCCUGCUGGUCAGCCCGGCCGUCAACACUCUGUCCAUCCAGCUGCCAGCGCAGGCCGACCGAGUGCUGGGCUGCUUCGCUCUCAUCCUCAAGAUGCUAUCGGACUACGAUGACUGGAGACCUGCUCUUGCCAGCCUGUUGCAGCCCAUCCCCUUCCCUAAAGAGGCCCUUGCACAUGCCAAAUUCACAAAGGAACUGAAAUAUGUUAUUCAGAGGUUUGCUGAGGAUCCGAGGCAGGAGGUCCAUUCCUGUCUACUCAGUGUGCGUUCAGGUAAAGAUGGCUGGUUCCAGCUCUACAGUCCAGGAGGCGUGGCCUGUGAUGACGAUGGCGAGCUGUUUGCCAGUAUGGUUCAUAUCUUGAUGGGCUCCUGCUAUAAGACCAAGAAGUUCCUGCUCUCUCUGGCUGAAAACAAGCUGGGUCCCUGCAUGCUGCUGGCCCUACGUGGAAACCAGACCAUGGUGGAGAUCCUGUGUCUGAUGCUGGAGUACAACAUCAUUGAGAACAAAGACACCCAGCUGCAGAUCAUCUCCACCCUGGAGAGCACCCAGGUGGGCCUCCGCAUGUACGAGCAGCUCUGCGACCGACAGAGAGAGCUCAAAGAACUGCAACGGAAAGGAGGCCCCACCCGGCUGACUCUGCCUUCAAAGUCCACGGAUGCAGACCUUGCCCGCCUGUUGAGUUCAGGUUCUUUUGGGAACUUGGAGAACCUGAGCCUGGCCUUCACCAACGUCACCAGUGCCUGUGCCGAGCAGCUCAUCAAGCUGCCUUCACUCAAACAGCUCAACCUCUGGUCCACACAGUUUGGGGAUGCAGGGUUAAGGUUGUUAUCCGAGCAUCUGGCCUGUCUUCAGGUCCUGAACCUGUGUGAGACUCCCGUCACUGACGCUGGUCUGCUGGCUCUCAGUUCCAUGAAGAGUCUGUGCAGUCUGAACAUGAACAGCACCAAGCUCACAGCUGACACAUACGAGGACCUCAAGGCCAAACUGCCCAACCUGAAAGACGUGGAUGUUCGGUACACAGAGGCCUGGUGAUCAACCACGCUCAACCACAACCCUCACACAUAACCACACACACACACACACACACACACACACACACACUGCACACAGGCUCAGAUACAUUACAUGACAAUUGUGUAGUGAUGUCUCCUCCAUCGUCGCCCAUCAUUAGAUCAGGAACGCUGACAUCAUCCCAGCGUGAGGAUCACCUGAUGUAACAAGAACAUCUCUGACACGUUUGCGUCAGAGGAGGAGCCUUCAUCAUCAUCAUCAACGCCUGUAGAGACACCAUCACCAGGAAGCAACUGUCUCGCCAGCAUCACUUUUUUUGUUUUCUAAAUGAGAAAUCUUUCUGUACCUCGCUGCUCCCCUUACCCUCUGAUCAUACGGUUCUUGGAACAUUGAUGACAGAGGACAUGCAAGGAGCCGUUAUAUUAGACAUAAGGGACACUUUUCUCCGUCUUUCUUCAUCUUUUGCCCUGUCUUUCAUAUAUGGUCCCUCAGUUUUCAGAUUCGGUCUAAAGUCCAGCUCUCCAGGCCGCCUCUGUGUUGUGAGGAAAAACCUGAGCCUUCGUCUCUUUUUCUCUCUCCAGCUCUUGUGCGAUUGAAGGCUGGACACAGCAGCUCACAUUCCAGUUCUUCUCCAAUCUGAUCCCCGAUGUAGCUCUCCAAAACAGACGUGUUGAACUGUUGAAUUUCCUCAGUCCUCUGAAUCGCGCUCUUUGGCUUCGGUUUUCAGGUUCCGAUUCUGGUCUCUUCAAGUCUUUCAUUUGGGAAAAUGAGGUGCUACCUCUGAGAAAAGAAGAGUUGCAAGACUGUGCCUAUUCCACUUACAUGACACGUUCUCACACACACACACACACACACACACACACACACACACACAAAAAGGAAGAAAAAAAAAAAAAAAAGGUUUUUAUCAACUUGAAUGAACAUAUUUUUCCAGACAUCUGUGCUUUCAUAUAUUGUAUGUUUCUAAAUAAAAACAUAUGUAUGAAGAUAACCCCCAGUGAUGACAUUUCAGGAACUCUGCAGGAAAGUUAAACGGCGAUGGGAACAUUUGUUUCCUUUUUCAUUUGUUUUCAGUGUACAUACUGAGGAUCUCCCAUUACUAUUUAAUAAGACAGUUGUGUAGCAGUAGCUGGGUGGUCUGGGACUGCCUAAUAUUUAUAAUUUGUGUCUUUAAAAACCUCCUUUACUCUUGUCUCUCCUGGAUUAUGUCCUGACAGUAAUGAAGUACACAGGCCCUGUUGUCUUAUUUUUUUUUUUUUUUUUUUUUUUUUUUUUUGCAAAAUACAACCCAAGAAGCCAACCAAGAGGGCAACCAUACAUGGAUCUCUCUGUCCCAUGCCAUGGUGGUAACGUAGGCCUGUAGAGUACAGUCCUUCUAAAGGUGGACCUGUAAACAAGACCCAUCACCAGCUGAGAGUUGUAUAUUUUAAUAUCCUCCGCUAUUUUUGGCUCCUUUUGAGACGGUUUCUGAAAAGAAGAAAGGAUACAUGCCAAACAUCGUCAUCGAAUUUAGUCGAAAUUUUUUUGUUUUGUGCACACUUGUUUCUUCAGGCCAACCCGAGUGUGGUUUCAGUACUGCUUGGUGUAUCAAGUGGAACCUGUCAGGACCUGCCUGUGGACACUGACCCCCCACCCCCCCCUGCUGAGGUCAGGGUAAAGAGUCGCAGUACAUCUAGUGGAGCUGUGGAUGAGUUGCCUAUUGUUAUCUUUCUUAUCUGUCACACCGCCUGUUUUGAAUUGUUCUGCUGUAUUUAUAUUACGCCAUAAUACAUAGGGGACAUUUUUAGGCUGUUGGGAUGAAUCAUUCUCAUCACAGGAUGGGACUAAAUUAUUGUACAUAUUCUUUCACAAUGGGCUAUAAGGGACAAAAGAUUGGAAAAAGGGCACCUUUCUGCCAUAUUUGCCCCAUCUACAUUCCCUUAAAAUGUUGCCAUGUAUUGUGAUAACUGAUACAUGGCAACUGAUACUGAUACACUUCAAGUCUGUCCCAAUCUCUUGUUCCUCUUUGUCUAGCUGUGGGUUUGGGUUGCUUUUUCUUGGCCCUAGAAAAAAAACACAAGACAUGUCAGAUUUCCACCCUUUUUUUCCAGUCGGCCUCUCUCUGACUGCAUCCAUCCAUUUUAUUUAUUUGUGUCGGGAUGUCUGUUGUGUGGAGGAAGCUGCAGCAGAGGACAGGAGGCCGUCCACUAUAAGACGCUUUGUUUCCUAUUUAUUGGGUGCCAUGACGGUUUGGCCUGUAGACUCGGUCUGUGUAUGGCCGUCUUUGGGCCUGGCUUUAGGACCUCAUGCUCUCUUUCAUAUCCUGUAUGAUGUAUAUAUACGAGUGUAUAUAGUCGUCUUCUCCCUUCUAUUUGAACCAUUUUUGUCUUCUUCAUCCUUUUCUCUCUUUCUCUCAGCCUCCCUUAUUGGCAGGCUGGUGUUGCCUUCAUCGUAUGUGUGUGUGGUUGUUUUUUUCACACAAAGUGCACUGUAAUCUAACAAAACCUGUUUUCAUAAUAUCUGUCAAGUUUCCGACAUCUUUUGAUUUGAUCACUUUAAUCAAACGUUUGUUUCCUGUGUUCUCGUUGUUUAAUUUUUUUGCAUGUACAUGUUGCUGCCUCAUCUGGUAUUUUUAUUUUGUAAUUUUGUUUUAUAAAAGGUUUGAAAUAUGAUAAAGGGUCUGAUCACUAUCUCACUGAGGUUAAGGACUGAAAUGGAGAGAUCUAAAGAUUUUCUGAUUGGUUGUUGAUCUACCCAUAUGUCCUGACGGAUCCUAUUGGUCGAUACUGAUUUUCUAAAAAAGCCAAUACCAAUACUGGUACUGUUGGACUGAUGCUACUCCUAGCUGAGAUUUAAUCAUUUAAGUUUGUCUAUUUUCAUGUAUAAAAUAAUAAUCCUGCCAGAUAAUCAUAUCACAGAUGGACCACACUGACUGACCGUUAUCAAAUCAGCCAACUGAAACUUCAGUUGUAACUUUACUGUAGUUUUGUUUUAUCCCUAAUGUAUUCUAAGUCUGAAUGUUUUAAAAGAAUAGUUUGACAUUUAGAAAAAUAGGCUUACUGGCUUUUUUGAUGAAAGACUGAAGAGAUUUAUAAUGUCAUGUCCAUAUCCAUUUAAUAUGAAGCUACAGUCAGCAUCUGCUUAGCUUAGUAGAAAGACUGGAAACUGUCCCAAGCUAACAAAAUCCUACCCACAUCUCUAAAACUACCACGUCAAAUAUAGUCUCUGCUGGUUGCCUGGCGACCUCACAGUGAUGACAAGACUCCAGGAAGUCAAUGCGCCAAGCUAAGGAAUAGCCCGACAUGUGAGCCCUGGAAUACAACAAUGUGGUUCUUUAGUGAGAUGUAGAGGUGCUGGUAAGGUUACCUUCCAACUAGUCUCUAUCAACCACAUUUCAUUCACCGAUGUCCCUCACCU